UGAGAUUAAGCAGCUACUAGCACAGGCCUCCUCAUAGGACACGUGACUUUGCUCUUUUCCGUUUUGUGGAAAGUCUCAUUAACAAGAGUUGAUACCAGCUUUAAUAGCAAGUCACCAUGGAGAAAAGGAUAAGCUGCGGUGCACGGACAUCUACAAAUUGUGAUAACCCUUUGGAAGCACUGAAUUCUGCCCACCAAGCUCCAGGAGCCGUGCAAAUGAGAAUCAAAAAUGCCAACAGCCACCACGACAGGCUGAGCCAAACUAAAUCCAUGAUCCUCACCGAUGCUGGGAAGGUCACUGAACCUAUUUCCCGGCACAGAAGGAAUCAUUCACAGCAUGUCUUGAAAGAUGUCAUUCCACCGCUAGAACAUCAAAUGGUUGAAAAAGAAGGGUAUCUUCAAAAAGCCAAAAUUGCAGAUGGAGGGAAGAAACUGAGGAAAAACUGGUCUACCUCCUGGAUUGUUCUUUCUGGUCCAAAGAUUGAAUUUUACAAAGACUCCAAGCAGCAAGCUCUCCCCAACAUGAAAGCAAGGCACAAAGCAGAAUGUGUGGAUUUGCAUGGUGCACAUAUAGAAUGGGCCAAGGAAAAAUCAAGCAAGAAGAGUGUCUUUCAGAUCACAACAGCAUCAGGAAAUGAGUUCCUUCUCCAGUCAGAUAUUGACUUCAUCAUAUUGGAUUGGUUCCAUGCUAUCAAAAAUGCAAUUGACAGAUUGCCAAAGAAUCCGACUUGCCAGUCCAUGGAGUUGUUCAAGCUCCAGAGAUCCUCAAGUACUGAACUGCUGAGUCAUCGCCACGGUGAUAGAAAAGAACAGAAACCAGAGAACAGGAAGUCUUUCAUGUUCCGACUGCAUCACAGUGCCUCUGAUACAAGCGAUAAGAACCGUGUGAAGAGCAGACUGAAGAAGUUCAUCUCCCGAAGACCUUCUCUGAAAACUUUGCAAGAAAAGGGAAUCAUUAAAGAUCAAACUUUUGGCUCUCAUCUGCACACAGUGUGUGAACGGGAACAUUCCACAGUUCCAUGGUUUGUAAAGCAAUGCAUUGAAGCUGUUGAAAAACGAGGCCUAGAUGUUGAUGGAAUAUAUCGAGUUAGUGGCAAUCUGGCAACAAUACAGAAGUUAAAAUUUAUUGUCAACCAAGAAGAGAAGCUGAAUUUGGAUGACAGCCAGUGGGAGGACAUCCACGUCGUCACCGGAGCACUGAAGAUGUUUUUCCGGGAGCUGUCUGAACCACUCUUCCCUUACAGUUUCUUUGAGCGGUUUGUGGAGGCGAUCAAAAAACAAGACCGUAAUGCAAGAAUUGAAGCUAUAAAGUCUCUGGUAAAAGAUCUCCCUCCACCAAAUCAUGACACCAUGAAAAUCCUCUUUGGACAUCUGACUAAGAUAGUGGCCAAAGCCUCCAAGAAUCUCAUGUCCACCCAAAGCUUAGGAAUUGUAUUUGGACCCACCCUUCUGCGAGCUGAAAAUGAGUCGGGGAACAUGGCGAUUCACAUGGUAUACCAGAACCAGAUAGCAGAGUUCAUGCUGAACGAGUAUGAUAAGAUCUUCAACUCAAAGGAAGACUGACAGACAAGACAAGCUACUGAGUGUGUUCACAUCUGUCUUGAUGCCUAAUAUUUUUACAUUUUUGUAAACAUAUUUCUGAAAUAUUUUUUCCUUCCAAGCGACAGAUGCUUCAUUUUGUGAAAACUUAGUGAUGAUUUUGUAUUUAAGUUCCAAACAUUUGAAUAAAAUAAAUGACAAUAUUUUCCUA